AUGGCAUCUGUUCCUUUUUAUUUAUCUUCUAUGUGUAAAAUUAUCAGUGAUUCAAAAGAAAUAAGUACAAUAUCUUUCUUAACAAUGACAGAUUUGUAUGCAAACAUUUUUUUAUACUUUUUACAAAAACACAUCAUUAAAAACAAUGAAAUGAUUUAUCAGAUAAUGGAAAACGAUUCUAAUAAAACAUAUAUUUUAAAUAUUUGUAAAAUUGCAUAUGAAUUGUUUGUUGUAAAUAAAAUAAUUUUUUCAAAAGAAGAGCUUCAAACUUUUAUUGGUGACUUUGAUAAAAAUGAAUAUUUUUUUGGAUUUAUAGAAAGGAUUGAAACGAAUCUGGGAUGUUAUUAUCAGUUUGCACAUUUGACAAUAAUGGAAUUUUGUGCAUCUGUAUAUGCUUAUAAUUGUUUAAGUAGUGAUGAAAUUAUGACCAAUGAAAAGCUGAAGAGUUGUUUAUCAAUGAUUUGUGGAUUAUCUAAUGCUAGUCAAAAUAGUUUAUUAAAGUUUCUUGUUAAUCUGAAUCCUUCAAAAAGUCCCUAUAAAAAGUUUAUUCAAUUUAUAAUGAAUCUAUUCAAGAAUCCUUCAAUAAAGUCCAAUGAAAAAUCUAUCUUUUUGUAUUCUAUUUUGGAUCGUCUAUGUAAAAGUAUUGGUUUUAGUAAGGAUGAUUUCAAUUUUUUCCACGAAUGUUUUUACGAAAGUCAAUCGUCAUUCACUGAUGAAAUAAACUCAAUUGUUGAUGAACGAAUUAAACUUUUGUUUUGGUUUAAUCCAACCACCAAACAUAAAAUUACAUAAAAUCUGGAAGAAAGUUAAGGUGGUUAAU